AUGCUUUCCAACAGCUCCCGUCUCUUCCGCGCUCGACUAUCCCCAUACACCAGGCAAAAGGUCAAUCUUCCUGGCAUGUACAAUGGGCGCCUCUCCACACUCACCCACCAUGCCUAUUCCUCAACACAAUUGAAGAGCCGCCGGUCCCCCACUGGUGCCUUAUCCAACAAUGCCCUGCGAACAACACAGAUCCAAGUCCGACACAGCUCGCAAUCGCAAUCGCCCGCAACACUACCAGUUGAGGCAGACAGCGCGGAGAAGAACCCAGCCACACACUAUAUUCCGCCAAAGACCGGCUUGAUCGCAUCAUUGCCAAGUUCAUGGAUCCCUUAUGCGGAGUUGGUGCGACUGGAUAAGCCCACGGGCACAUACUAUCUUUUCUUCCCAACGCUCUUUUCCACCCUCCUCGCGGCGCCAAUGGCAGGUGUGGCGCCGCUUCAUGUUCUGGGCACAGCAGCACUUUUCUUCUCUGGUGCGCUGAUUAUGCGCGGUGCUGGUUGCGCGAUCAACGACCUGUGGGACCGAAACCUGGAUCCUCACGUCGAACGCACCAAGUUCCGCCCCAUUGCCCGGGGCGCCUUGUCGCCGCAGAAAGCAGUGCUCUUUACAGGAUCGCAACUGUUUGCUGGCUUGGGUGUUCUCCUUUCAUUCCCUACUCAGUGUCUUUGGUAUGGCAUUCCUAGUUUGCCCAUCGUGGUCGCCUAUCCGCUUGCCAAGCGUGUGACCAACUACCCCCAGGCAGUCUUGGGCCUUGCCUUUUCAUGGGGAGCGAUCAUGGGAUUUCCGGCGUUGGGAGUGGAUCUACUUGCCAAUCACGAUGCCAUGAUGGCUGCAGGAGCUCUUUAUUCCAGUUGCAUUGCUUGGACAGUUCUGUACGAUAUGAUCUAUGCGCACAUGGACAUCAAGGAUGACGUCAAGGCUGGGAUCAAGUCGAUUGCUCUCCGCCACGAGCACAAUACCAAGGCUGUCCUAAGUGGCUUGGCAGUGACUCAGGUCUCCCUCCUCGCGGCUGCAGGAGUUGCUGCCGGUUGCGGACCUGUCUUCUUCGUGGGCAGCUGUGGUAGUGCUGUUUUGACCCUUGGUCUCAUGAUCUGGAGGGUUCAGUUGAAGAGUGUCCGUAACUGCUGGUGGUGGUUCAAAAACGGAUGUCUACUGACCGGUGGAGGAAUCUCCUUGGGAUUGCUCGCAGAAUACGCGGCGCAAUACCUUGGUUUGUACAAGAAGACGGAGUUGGAGCCUGUGAUGGCCGAGUCCGCACACUAA